CACACCGAAUCCCUAAAGCCUUUUUCGCUCCCUUUGAGUUUUGCCCGAGAGAGAGAGAGAGAUCCGACCAUGGCGACCUGCAGGAGCCGCGGCGUCGAGAGGGGCGGCGCGCCGCACGUCCUCGCGGUGGACGACAGCUCCGUGGACCGCGCGGUCAUCUCCGGCAUCCUCCGCAGCUCUCAGUUCCGCGUGACGGCUGUGGAUAGCGGGAAGAGGGCUUUGGAGCUGCUAGGCUCGGAGCCGAACGUGAGCAUGAUUAUCACUGACUACUGGAUGCCGGAGAUGACCGGGUAUGAGCUCCUCAAGAAGGUCAAGGAGUCAUCCAGGCUGAAGGAGAUCCCCGUUGUGAUCAUGUCUUCGGAGAACGUUCCCACGAGGAUCAACAGGUGCUUGGAGGAAGGAGCAGAGGAUUUCUUGCUGAAGCCCGUGCAGCCGUCCGACGUGUCGCGGCUGUGCAGCCGCGUCCUCCGGUGA